UUUGCUAGUUACGUCCCUUUUGAAAGUUUGCAGAGCGGCAAUGUGCACGAGCGACGAAAAUCGUCUGGAAAUCUCAACUGCAACUGGUUUGGAAUGCAAUACAAACAUUUCAGUCCGCUGUUUUAAGCUAGUUAUACCUACAUGUAUUUGAGCAAACCUAGCUUUAUAACAAGAUAUUGGAUUUCUGCAAGUUAAUAAAUGGAGGAGGGCAUACUUAAACUUGGAUCAAUAGAACCAGGGGACAAAUUGGGCUGGGAUUAUCAUCAAGCUGCAAGAAAUGGAAAUAAAAGAAGAUUAAGAAAAAUUAUUGACAAAGGUAUUCAUGUUGAUUAUCCUAAUAGUCUGGGACAGUCACCUCUGUUUUGUGCAUGUUAUUUAGAUGAAGAAGCUGUUGUGAAAGAACUCAUGAAAUUUGGAGCAAAUCCUAAUGAGAGGAGUAACAAUGGCAUGACACCUGUGCAUGUUGUUGCAUACACUUGUAAUUUGAACUUAAUGAAUGAACUGUUAGCUGGUGGCGGAGAUUUAAGAUUACAUGAUUCCACUGGAAGAUCAUCCAAAGAAUUUGCAUUUCUACAGCCAGAACAGAAAAAAAGAAUGAAAAUGUUGGAGUUCUUGGAGAAGACUAGAUUGUUUGCUUUGACAAAAUCAGGAAGGGAUCUUAGAGCUUCUUUAAAUGGUCCACGUCAUAAUCAUAGAUUUACCACAAAAACAAAUUCUGUAAUAAAAUUAAUAAGAGAUAAAAUCAGAGGAGACAGCAGCGUGAACUUAGAUCAUCAGAUGAAAAGUUGUCAGAGUAUGGGAUUUGGAAAAGUAUAUCAAGAUGGAGACAGUUUUAGUGGUAUUAUAUGUACUUUGCCAUUAGUAAGUGAAAAUUUACUGAAACAUGAUUCCCAUGGGCUGUCAUUUAAUAAUGGUGCUUUUAUGGUGAUGGAAAGUAUGAUGUGGAAAAAUACAAAGAUUACAGUUAAAAGAUUACACAGAGAAGCUGCCCCUGGUGGUGAAGUGGAUUUAUUAAUAACAGAGGCAGAAUUUAUUGGUAAACUAAGACAUCCCAAUAUUCUUGUGUUAAUGGGAGUGUGUCAGACCAACAAUUUAGAAAAUAUGGUGUUACUAUUGGAAAGAAUAGAUGAAGGUUCCUUGUAUGAAGUUUUGCAUCAAAAGUUAGAAAGGCUGUCAAGUAGCCAUAUUCAUGAUAUAACAUAUCAGAUCAGCAGUGCCUUGGUUUUCCUGCACGAACAGAACAUUAUCCAUUGUUUUGUGACAUCACAUGCCAUCAUGUUAGUGAAUUUAUAUUGUGCUAAACUAGCCAACUUUGAAUAUGUUGUAGACUGUGAAAAAGUAGAUGUUGGACUUAAAAGUUUUGUGAACCAGAACAUGUACCAAAAUGUGGCUUACAACUGGAUGGCUCCAGAGAUCAUGAGUGCAAGUUCUCCUUCAAUGGCUUCGGAUGUUUAUAGUUUUGCUGUGGUAAUUUGGGAAAUGUUUCAUGGUGAAGUUCCCUGGGGAAAAUUUGACACAGAAACUGUUCAUUACAAAAUACUCCAGGAGAGAGAACAGCUAGAAAUAAAGACUGACAAAAUACCAGAAGCGUUCUUGUUGAUUUUGAAGCAUUGCUUGCAAUUAGACCCACUUCAUCGUAAAUUACAGAUGUAUAAUAUCAGGAAUAUCCUGACCAUUCCUAAACAGAAUGUGUUACAAUAUACAGAAAGUUUAUUGAAAUUAGAGGUAGAAAAAAAACCUUCAAGAUCUACAAACAAACCUGCUAGACCUCCAAAGACUUGGGAAACAUCUAAUAGUAACACACCAAGGAAUCAAAGAAUUAUUAACUCACCAUCACCUAAAAGAAGUGACAGGUCUAUAAGUAAAUCACCUAGAGCUGAAUCUACACCCAGAAGAGUGCUUGAAGAUGCUCAUCACAAGGAAAGGAGGUUCAACAAUAACCAGUCCAGUAAACUUCCCAUUUCUCCUGAUUAUCUGCAGGAUGAAAGAUUAAGAUUUGUGGACAGAAUGAAGUUUAAUCAUAAAGAUUUAGACUGGGAAUUGAAAGAAGAACAACAAGGAAGAGAUUACUACUAUACUGUCAGGGUAAACAAAGAUGAUGAACAGAAGUUCACUGCCCCAUCAGAACAGAGUGAAAGUGAGGCUGGUAGUUCUGUCAGUGAUCAUGUAAACCAUGGUAACAGAUCCCUGGCAACAAAGUUCAGCUAUCUGAAGGUACAGCAGCAAUGUUUGAGUCCCCCUGGUAAAUAUGUCAAACCUGCUAGUCACUGUAUAGACCCCAAGUUAGAAUGUGCCCCUGAGAAGAAGUUAUCUACUGCUGGCAGUGUGUUUGCUCUCUAUAAUAUGGACUAUCAUACACCACAGAAAGUUACACGGGACCCUAGAACUCCAUUAUUUAAUACAAUGCCUAGAAAGAGACAAAAAAUGUCUGUUCAGACACCAGAAAUUACACAAAUUGGACCAUCAGUAAAAGAUUGGUAUGGUGGUAAUGGUAGUGUAAAGGAUUUAGUUGAUUUAUAUCAGAAACAAGUCAAUGAGCAUUCAUUUCAGCAAGAUUUAAUAAAAGGAAAGCUUUCUACUGUUGAUAUCAGCCGUCAUCAUCAGGUUCAAUCUAUUUAUCCUAAUAUACAGAACAUCAGUCAUUGUUAUAGUCCAGAAAACUGCAACAAUCAAGUAGGACUAAAACUUUCGAAAGAACCUAGACGUCAAUCUUCUGAAUGUGAAAUAAUUAGUUGCAGCAGUUUAACAACAGUUUCUCCUGAGGAUUGCAAGGAUAAAAAGGAUUCUAGUGGUCCUGAUUCUGAUGAAGUGUCGGACUGGAUUGAUAAUGAAUUGUUUAGAAUACAAAGCACUUUAUCACAAGAAGUCUUUGAAGCAUUAGAUGAAAAGAAGCAAGAAAACAUGAGUCCACUUUUAUUUGAUGAUGAGAAAAUUACACCCAGCACAUCUAAGAAGAAACCAAAAUUAAAAAAGAAAAUCCAGAAUAAAAAGAAACUUCAGUAUGAUGUAGAAGAGUUCUAUAUUGAUGAUGAAAUAAAUCCUGAUACACAUAAAUUAAGUCAAAAGCCCCCAGAAUAUCGAAACACCAAUUCAAACAAAAAGCAUCCAGAUUAUAUUAAACCACUCCGAGAUCAAUACCACAAAUCAGAAUACAGUAGAGUUGUUGAAAUGAAACAGAAAUCUGCUUCUUUAAAAGAUGACUUCUAUAGUAAAGAAAAAAAGAGAAUUAGUAAACAAUCAGAAAAUCAACAAUGGCAAUCUUACAAUGAUAGCUAUAACCCAAAUUACAGCAAACGGGAUGAGUUCUUCAGGCAUAACAAUAACAUGCAACCAGAAUACAAACAUAAACAGUAUGAUAGUGAUAUUAGCUCAGAUUCAAUGAAGUUGGAAAACUCCAGAAAUAAACAGCUUCAGAAACUACAUACAUCCUUCCAUUCGGUACCACAAUGUUACAAUGAAUCAGGUGAUGCCACUAAAACCUACCCUCAGGAAGUUGAUGAAGAUACUUAUCCAAGAAUUAUAGCAGUAACUUCAGAAACAGAUCAACAGAAGUUGAAGAAUAAAGUGGAUGAGAAAGCAGCAUUUGCCAGUACUGUCAUUGUUGAAACAAGUACCAUAUAUCCUGACCAGCAUCGUGUCACACACACCCUUACAGAUUUGGCUGAUGGUACAACUAGUACACUGUAUGGUAAAAAUGUGAAGGCUUCAAGACUUUUGUCAGCUCUGAUUACUCAGUAAAUACAAAGUUAACACUGCAGCAAUUGGUGAAAAGUUUUAAACUUAACUGGUAUCAGCUACAACUAUGUACUAAUUGUGUUCAAGCUUAUACCAAAUGCAAGCAUAUUCCAAGUAUGUUCAAGCAUACACUGAUUGUAAUCAAUCAUUUAUUUAACAUUUGAUUAUAUUAUAUUUUGUAAUUAGUGGGUUAUAUAUGAUAAUACAGUGAGGUGCUUAACUAUAAGGUCAAAUAAGGCAAUUGCAUGGUAGUGGGUACUCAAUGAUAAAACCAUUUAUUUUGCCUGACCAUUUGGCCGUUGGGAAACUGGAAGAUAAGGUUUUCAGUAACAGAUUUUCAAGACUUGUUGCAGAAAUAUAUUCUGUUAAUGACAAUGAACAAGCUAAGCUAUGAAUGUAUAGACUACAAGGGAGACGUUAAACAAAAAUUAAUACCCAACUUGUCAAAAAAUAGAUGGACAUGCUCAGGGUUAAGUUGGAAGCCUGUAGUCCUUAAGAAAACUGAGGAUUUAUAUAGCCUACCAAAAAGUUGUAUACUGAAAGCAAUUAUUUUGGACCAGUUGCACAAAGUGCAACCUAGCUUAUAACUAUGGUUGAUGGGUUGGUAUAUAAGGAUGCUUAUUUUGUGCAAUCAACCCCUCCUAUGGUUUUCAUAGAAUAAACCUUCAAACUUUCUAUAAUGGAGAUGUGCUCAUUUUGUGCACAUAUUUUCCCUUAUCAUAUGGAUAAUUUAUGCAGAUUUUCAAGAUUGUGAAACAUUGAAGCUUUGCACCUUACUUUUAACAUGUACACAUUUGUAUUAUUCUUUUAGUUUUCCAGAUGUAAAACAUUGAAAAUUAUCACCUCAUUUUGUGUACAAAUUUGUACAUUUUUUGCAAAUUUCCAGAACUAAGCUAAUAUUCAGCAACAUCUUCCAUGGAGGGUUACUAUUUUGUGUAAUUUUGUCCUACAAUUUUAAACCAUAGCCCUCAACCUUUUUAGAAUAUUUGUGUAUACAAUGUAGAGGUGUAACACGCAUACCUUAUGAUAUGUUGAUAUAAAUGUUUUGGAGCCUACUUUAGUGAGGACUUUAACCCCAUAUACAUCCACUUAUGCCUUCAGAUGUCUUUAGGGUAUUUUGUGUUGAGUUGCUGUCUCCGUGAUGUAUAACCCACAUCUCCUUCCAUUCACUUUUCAUGUUAUAUGAUUCAAUCAAUCAGAUUUCUUCCUCUCCAAUUUUACUGCCAUCAGGUGAGACAUCACUUGUUCCUAGUCCAUUGCUUGUACAAGUCAGCUCGACAUUUUUUAUUGGUCAGUUAUAUUAAUUUUUGGGCAAGUUCAUUGUAAUACAGUGUCAUUUUAGGAGUAAAUGUUCUGUUGUGUCCUUCAAUGUUACUUUUUAUGUAAUACACAAAAACUAUUCUUUAAAACAUUUUCCCGAUAUUGUUGAUGAAUUGUUCAUAUAGGUAUCAUUUUUCAACAUUUUACCUUCUCUCCAUUUUAGUCAAACAUGAAUCUAAGAGGUUAAAUUUAGAUUUCAACACCUGGAAAUUUUUAUUGAAGAAUACUGUGUUACUUGUAUUUAUUAAUACAAAUGGAUUGUUGUUUUAUUGAUUUUCAAUCAGUUGUUAUAUAUUGUUACUUAUCAUGUGAUAUAAUAUGUGAUUUACUUAUACAAUGUUCUACUAUUUAAAUUGUGAUAGUGCUGUUAUUUUAUAUCUUAUCUUGUUGAAUUGUAUACAACUUGUUACAUAAUAAAAAGGAAAUUAAGUAAA